GGAAGCAAAGAAAAGAUAAAGGAGCAUGAAAAAACUGCAGUUGGGGCCCACAUGCUGCUUCUGCUGCAGCACAUGAAGCAACUGAAGGCAAGCUUGUGCACUGCUGCCAAAGCUGCGAAUGGCUUCAUCCUGAAUGUGGAGGGUGCAGGAAAAAGCAUCUCCAAUCUGCAGGUCCCACCAGGUCUGGAAAUCAACGGGGAUCUGGAAGUAGACUGUUUUUCUAGGUCUUCUGUUUCUGAAGAUGAAUCUGUUCUACAACAACUUGUGAGAGAGAAGGUGAUUUCUGAGCUAGAAAAUAAGCUACACGUCUUUGAGAAUAUUGUGGCAGUGCUCAAUAAAGAGGUGGAGACCUCUAACUUGGAAAUCACAGCCUUUCGGAGACAGAGUGAACUGGAUCAAAAUAUAAUACGAGGCCUUGAACUGAAGAUCGCGGAGCUGCACCGGUGCCUGACGCAGAAGGAUGCGGGCCUGAGCAGUCUUCAUAAGAGUCUUCUGUUCUCGGAGCAAGCUUCCUAUGAUGGGGUCUUUCUGUGGAAAAUAACAGACGUUGGCAGGAAGUUACAAGACUCUGUGACCGGAAGAACCGUCAGCUUGUAUUCACCAGCUUUCUACACUGCAAAGUAUGGCUACAAGGUGUGCCUGAGGGUUUAUCUGAACGGGGAUGGGACGGGAAAAGGAACCCACUUGUCCCUGUUCAUUGUUGUCAUGAAGGGAGACUACGAUGCUCUGCUCCCGUGGCCUUUCCGACACAAGGUUACAUUUAUGUUGCUCGACCAAAAUAACAGGGAACACAUUAUUGAUGCGUUUCGCCCGGACUUGGCUUCGGCUUCAUUUCAGAGACCAGUGAAUGAUAUGAAUGUUGCAAGUGGCUGUCCCAUGUUCCUUCCUUUGUCCAAACUGCAGUCGCCUAAAUAUGCCUAUGUGAAAGAAGAUACGCUUUUCCUUAAGUGCAUUAUAGAAACCAAUUAG